AUGGAUACAGAGUAUCAUCACGACCUGACCUCGGACUCGACCAUGUCUGACAAAACAAUUGCAACUGACCCGCCUGUACAAGCGCAAGAGCCUUGGGCAUCAGUACCCAGACGCAAGCCACUUCCAUUGACAAAGGGCCCCGAGACAUUCUCUGGGUCUGCAGCAGUCGACGAUGGAUUGGCAACGGGAAAUGAAGCCGAAACUGGAGCUGAAAACAAGCAUGGCACCCUCAGCGCAGAUGCGCACAUCUCCAGCAAACGAGUAUGGCCUUUCAGCCUCUCUGGCUCCAGGCUCAGAAUACAGAGACGUUCGCGCAAGUUUCUAGUCAUCGGCAUCGUCGCCGCUGUUCUUCUACUUGCGCUAAUAAUUGGUCUGGCAGUCGGUUUAACCGUGGGGAAGAAGAAAGCCUCGAAUCUUCCGCUGCCGACCUCCAAUGGCGGCCCUUACUCAGGAGACCUAACUUACUACGACCCAGGUCUGGGAUCAUGUGGCUAUACGAGUACGGAAUCGGAGUCUGUCUGCGCCGUCUCUCACAUCCUUUUCGACGCCGCGUCGACAGGGUCGAAUCCAAAUGACAAUCCACUCUGCGGACUGAAGAUCAGGCUUCGUCGCAACGGGAAGAGCGUCGAUGUGAAGGUUGUGGACCGCUGUGUGGGCUGCAAAGUGGAUGACCUUGAUGUCACCGAGUCUGUAUUUGAAAAGGUCGCUGAAAUCGCCCAGGGGCGAGUUACCAUGGAGUGGGCCUGGCUGGAUAAAUUGCCCGACAGUGUAUCCUGA